AGUUAGUUCUGCCUUUCAUCUUGGAGCCUCUUAGGAGAUACAGGCCAGAAAAAGCCAACUUUUCCUCCAAUUGGGAGAUCAAUUCCCUCCAACAGAAUCUCAUCAGUGUAGAGACACAGAAAUCAUUCAAGGCCCCAUUUUAACUGAAAAGAUACUUCAUACAUCACUUCCAAGAUGAGUGAGCAGGAGGUCACUUACUCAAGUGUGAGAUUUCAUAAGUCUUCAGUGUUGGAGAACCAAGUGAGGCUUGAGGAUUAUCAAGAGCCCAGAGAAGCUGGGCACCGAAAGAGUUUAGUCCCCCAGAAGCUCAUUGUGAUAGCUCUUGGACUCCUCUGUUCCAUUCUGCUGGUAACUGUUGCGGUGUUGGUGGCAAACAUUUUUCAGUAUCGUCACAAAAAACAUGAGCUGCAGGAAACUCUAAACUGCCACCAUAACUGCAGCACCAUGCAAUAUGUCACUGAGUUAAGGGAAGAACUGCUGAGAAAUAAGUCUAUAGAGUGUGGUCCAGGAAAUGAUCUUCUGGAAUCCCUCAACAGAGCACAUAACACAUGGUACAGUGAAACCAAGACUGCUUCAGCUUCCCAUCAGCACACAGGCAAAAAUGAAACAUACUGGUUCUGCUAUGGAAUAAAAUGUUAUAGUUUCAUCAUGGACAAAAAAACAUGGCGUGGAUGUAAAGAGACCUGCCAGAAUUACAGAUUAUCCCUUCUGAAGAUAAAUGAUGAAGAUGAACUGAAGUUCCUUCAGCCCCAGGUUACUCCUGACAAUUACUGGAUUGGAUUGUUAUAUGAUAAUGAGAAAGCAGAAUGGGCAUGGAUUGACAAAGGCCCAUCUAAACUUGACUUGAACAUAAAGAAGUUCAAACUAAAUGAUGGAGGAUGUGUGUUCUUAUCUAAAACAAGGCUAGAGAAUAUUAACUGUGGUAAUUUAUACAGCUGUAUUUGUGGGAAACAAUUGAAUAAAUUCCCUGAUUGAUGCUCCAAUGAGUAUUAAAGGACUUAGUCUGCUGUGCAAACAGAGACAAUCUGGAAGAUUUGGAGAAUGUUCUUUGGAAUCUGGCUUGACAGAGCAGAGGACAUCUUCUUUCCUUGUGGAGACAAGACAGAUCAUCUCUGGUGCAUGGACAGGCUUUGCCCCAACGCCUGGGGGAAUAUUUUCUGUUUGCUUAAACUCCCAUAGAACUAAAUAAAGAACCAUAUUAAACAGCAU